CGCAGCUCGGCCGUCGGCAGUGAAGCGCUGUGGAUGUGGGAAUGCGGUUGCCUGAGGCAGCGGGCAUUGCUGGACACUCGGCGGGGAUGUGCGCACAGAAUCUGGAGCCCUCAGCGGUUGGCUGUCGUCCAAGUUAGUGGGCUGUUGGGGGUGUGGGUGGGAGCCCUGGACGGCUGGGUGUCGCUUGGAAUAGAGCGGCUGGGUUAUUUUUCCCUCACAUUUUUCCUGGGAUUUUCUAUCUUGUAGGGGAGACUGAUUGAGAGAGAAGCCAAAAAGGAUUCCCCAGCACUAUGGAGCCACGCAUUGCAGGCAGCAGUAAAAGGUGACAGUGACAUCCAAUGCAAAUCAUCUGAUCCUCAGCUGUAAACGUUUUCCUGGUGCUGCUGCACAUUGAAUUGGCAAUAUCUAACAACGACAGAUCUACAAAUGUUCCCAAACAGCUGUGGAGUUUGUGAAGUCAACAGCAGCAGCAUCAUGUUUUACGGUUCCUCCUCCGGGGCCAGCAUGUCCCUCCCCUCCAAGAGCCGCCUGAAGCGCCAGAGCAGGACCUUCACACAGGUCCUGUACCGCACCCUGAGUUACAGAGACCGGGUCCCAGUAGAAACCGGAACAAACACUCGUGGGGAUCGGCGGUCAACAACUGAACCCCCAGAGCGACCGGCGGAUGAUCCAGCAGAACUCUCCACGCAGAGCUCGGCACCUGGGGUGCUGAAGAUUUUUGGUGAUGAAAUUUGUGCUGGUGCCAAUUACAAGAGCGUCUUAGCCACGCCGCGCUCCAGUGCGCAGGAACUGGUCAAAGAGGCUUUGGAGCGUUAUUCCCUCAACAAGAAUGCUGCCCACUCUUAUGUCCUUUGUGACGUGAUCGGACGUCUGGAGGGGGGAGGCGGGAUUGGAGGAGGGGGAUGGCGAACUGAGUGCUUGCGUGCGCUGGGGGACAACGAGAAGCCGCUUCUACUCCAAGAGUUGUGGAAACCCAGAGAAGGACACGCUCGCAGGUUUGAGCUCCGCAGAAGAGCAGAGGUGGAGGAACUCAAUGCCAAGGAGAAGGAUACCGUCACUGCUGAUAUUAAUGCUCAGGCUCGUAAGCUGCAGAGGAACAGGGCAAAAGGGACGCUGACCCUGCCCCGCUCCAGCAACUCAUCCUUUUGCCGCAGCCUCAGUGAGACCAGCCUCAACCAGCUGGGAGUGGGAGACGAACCAAAGCGGUAUUACUCCACCCUGCCAGGACCUUUAAGGGCUCGAGAACGUGAGGCGGCCUCCAGCGGCAGGAGGAAAGAAGAGGGGGGUCAGGGAGGGGGAGGGGUGAGGCACUCACUCUACCAGUCUCCGCAUCUCCUGCUGCUACAAGGAUACAAUCGGCAGGACUGUUUGGUGUACCUGCUGAACAGAGAUCAGCACACAGUCGGUCAGGAGACUCCAUCAGCUCGUCCAAACAUCUGCCUCUUCUCUCCCGACAUCCUGCCCCUUCACUGCCGCCUGCGCCGAGUCCCGAUACCCCGCCGUCAUGCCAACAACAACAAAGGGGAGGAGGAGAGCCAGCGGUUCUGUGUUGCCGUUGAGCCAGUUCUCCACGCCACAGUUCUGGUGAACUUCUCCCGCUGCGAGCGCUCCACCACGCUGCGACAUGGUGACCUCCUGUCCUUUGGAGCGCAUUACAUCUUCCUGUACAAGGACCCAACGGGCGCUAAGCCUCUGCCCGCUCAGACUUUGGCACGCCUCCGCUCCCUGGGGCAGCUCUACGACAUGGGGAUGGAGGAGGGAGAGGGUGGGGCUCAGACUUGUAAGAUGUGUGGUUCUGUGCUUAAGGACAGGGCAGCGCAGGUGUCCAGUGUUCCAGCAAUAAGACGCAGCUUCAAACCUCACCUGGUGAAACCUCGCAGUGGGGGGACGGCAGCAGCAGGACCAAUGAGUUUACCAGGAGGGGAAGGGGGAGGAGGGGGUGGUGGAAGAGGAGGAGGAGGAGGUCAGAAAAGAAGGCUACAGCUGGAGUUUGACCAAGCCCAUGAAGACCAGCUGCUGAACAGGAUUGUGUCUCUCAUAGAACCAGGAGGAGAUGACCAUAAGCUAACACCUGCCUACCUGCUGUGUCUGUGCAUUCAACACUCAGCCUCAGCCUUCCCACCUGGGAAUUUUGGAAAGCUGCUGCUCAAGAUUGUCCGAAGAAUUCAGACCAUAGCAUGGGAGAAGACAAAGGAGCUGGCUCAGAAGCAAGCUCAGCAUCAGGACCCAGCCUCCUUAUCUCUGCUCAGUAUCUCAGACUUGAUCCCAGACCUGCAGACUAUCUUCUUCUGGAUGUCCAACUCCAUCGAGAUCCUGUACUUCAUACAGCAGAGAGCACCGGCGUACACCCACAGCAUAGAAACACUACAAGGGUCAAAGGAGUCGUUGCUAUCGGCGACCAUAUCAGCCAAUGAAGAGGCAAUGACCAUCUUAGAAGAAGUGAUCAUGUACACUUUCCAGCAAUGUGUCUACUAUAUCACCAAGGCUCUGUAUGUGGUGUUACCGGGGUUGUUGGACUGUAAUCCAUUCCCGGUCGACAGCUCUGAGCCGUGCUGGAAGGGAGGUGUAGGGUUUCCUGAACCUAUCCGCAGGGUGCUGCAGGUGUUUCAGAAUGCACAGGAGCUUCUGCAGGGCUACCUGGUCCACCCAGAGAUCCAGGCUCAGAUGUUCGCUUACCUCUUCUUCUUCUCCAACGUGUCGCUUUUUAACCAGCUGAUGGACAAAGGUCCAACUCGGGGCUGGUUCCAGCGCUCCAAGGUGCUGCAGAUUCAGGCGUGUUUGCGGAUGGUCAUGGAGUGGGCAAGCAGGUCAGGUCUGGGACAUCUGGCUGAUAAAUUCUUCACCAAGCUGAACAGCACAGUUUCCAUACUGACCACGCCCCCUCAGCAGCUCACACAGUCGAGUUGGCGAGCUCUGUCCAGCGAGCACCCCGCACUGAAACCGGUCCAGCUGCACAGGAUUCUCACUCAGUACCAGCUCACAGCUGAGUUAGGCCCUGUCCCAGUAUGGCAGCCCAGCAGUGAGGACGAGGCCUACAUCUACAGAACGGUGGACCUCCUGGAGAGCUUCGAAAACCACCCUCCCAUCGUGCUUCCCAGUGCCGGCUUCAGAGUGGACCUGGACAGUGAGUGCAUAGAGGACAGCAUCUACCGACAGCUGCUCUACAUCCGACACUACCUGUGGGGGCUCCGCACCAAGCCCCAAACGCACACCAACACCGGCGUGCACACGCACUCCAACGGAACCAACACAUCUGACUGGCCCGACGUUCAGAGGGAGCUCUUGCCCCCGGCCCACAGCAGCCCUCGCUCAGUGGCGCCUGGUGAUGAGGUGACGGCAGAGACGGGAGAAGAGAGAGGACGGGACAGACCCUCAGGCCAAUCUCACACACACAGCCUCAGAAGAAACGGCACCAUCCACCACACUCGGACAGCAAAUCCGGACCCCUCCUGCCUCCUGACCCCCCCAAACACCCCACUGUACCCAGAAGGAGGAGGAGGAGGAGGAGGAGGAGGAGGGGGCCCCGGACAGAUCAUGGGCCCCAACACCCAGAUUAACGGCUGUGCUCGAGGAACUUUGGCAGAAUGUAAAAAGACUAACGGACUCAUCGCCAACGGACUGGAGGGCUGUAUUAGUGGGUGUGAGUUUCCUUUCCCUGUAUCCUCCCCCGGAGCCCCUCCCCUCCCUGAUGACUUGUGUGUGGUGUUUGUAGUGGAACUGGACAAAGGACCCUACGGACUGGGCAUGGGACUCAUAGACGGCCUGCACACUCCUCUUAAUGCCCCGGGCAUUUACAUCAGGACUCUGAUCCCUGACGGACCUGCUGCCUCUGACGGCAGGCUGAGGAUCGGAGACCGCAUCCUGGCCGUGAAUGGAACCAGUCUUAUCGGAGCAGACUACCAGAGCGCGGUGGAUCUGAUUCGUCUUGGCGGAGGUCGCCUCCGUUUCUUGGUGGCCAAAUCCGACCCCGAAGUCUCGGAGAAGAUCAGUGCCUCCUCCUGCUGAGUCCUCAAAGAUGGGCACAGAGAGGAGUGAAGAGGUAGGACAGCAGGAUGAAGAGGAGGGUGUAAAGACGUGUGCAUUAAUGAGCAGGGUACACAAACACGAGCACAGACGCAGCAUGAAAUAUGAAUGUGAACCUCGGCUGCAGCACAAAGCAAAGCAAUCAAACUGGAGGUGAUGCUUCAUGACUCCUCUCCAGCUGCCAGACCUGCUCCCCUCACGCUGACUCCUACUGGGUUUGUGUGACAGACAGAACCGGUAACCCACGGCGACAUCAAAGGAAUGUGCUGCGAGAAAAAUGCCUAAUUAAUCAGCAAGCUCUACCCGGCCAGUUUACUGUGGUUUCAAGCACAGUAGAUGAUAGGGUUUUAAUUUCUCCUGUCAGACCUCAGAGCAACUGCACACGCUGGACUUUUUCCACACGGUUUUUAAAAUCAUUUGUAAAUCAGACAUCUAGUAGCACGGUUAAAAGCUACCGAGCUCUCAGAGGAAAAACUGAGAAUGUACUUUACUUAUCUAAAAGCAUUUGCAGUGAUCCUGGGUGUCUUUCACAGUGAGUGCUUUUAGAGAGGAAUGUUUUAUAAGCCUGUUUGUUAGCAGCUCCCAAAGCACGACUAAUGUCUGCUCAACAAACUCCACGCUUGUGUAUGAAUGUUGACUUUUGUACCAGAGUGUCUGAAAGGGCAGAGGAAUCAGACUGAAGAAUGUGAAGCUCUGCCAUUUCACACUCAGCCUCAUCUCUGGAUUUACCUCUGCUGCACAGGAGACGAAGUCUGAAGGUGUGCGGCUGCAGUGGGACUUUCUUUAUCAUCAAGAUGACACGAGUUUCUGAUGCACAAACAUGCUGUGUAUAAACCACUGGAUUCUGCUGUGAAUACGCUGUAUGCAUCUGGGUAAAAGGUGUAAAUAUAUGUUUGUAAAUAUUUACCACUUGGUCUUGGACAUUCAAAAGAGAAACUGCAUUUGGAAAAUUGCUCAAUUUUCUUAAAAAGUCGAGUUAUUUACAACAGAAACCUUCUGAUGGUAAAAAAGAAACAAUGUCGUGUGAAAUUAGAAAUUGUGUGUUUUUAUUAAAUCAUAUUUAUUUGUUUUAAAUCCUUUAAAUUUAGCAUACAACAUUUGCACUUCCAAACAGCUAAUGAUUACUACCACAAGUCCUCAGUGGCACUUUUUGUAAAGAGAACGAAAAAUCCCAAACUAUAAAACUUUGAUUUUACUUGAUUGGGUUUGAGGGUCUUUUUAAAUUCUGGCCAUAGAGCAGUUUUCAAAUCCUGCAGAUUCCUAAAAAGUCUUGGUAACACUUGAUUUGAAGGUUUAUGCAUAAGACUGACACGACAACUGUAAUGAGGCUUUAUGAAGAUUUCUGAACAUUUUCCUUAAGUGUCAUUCGUCAGUUAUGUCACCUUUAAUGCAAUAAAUUAAGAGCAUAUCCACUCCUACAUCACUGGCCAUCCUAAAUCACGAGUGGAAGUUUUCAGUUUACCUUACAGUGGGUAUUUUUCAUUACAAAACUGUCCACCCUCGGGCCCUCUCUCCUCAACUGAGUUGGAAAUCGUUCUCUCUCAGCUGUAAUGAAGGAUAUUCCAAUUCCUUACAUGCACCUGGAGGAGACGAGGAUUGAGGAGAGAGGAGGCUCCUGGAGGAGCGCAGACUGAGGAAUCACUGGUCUAUCCUCUGCUUACCAAAGGCGCAAUAUGAUUGGCUUGGAGGUGCGGGAUCACAAUAUGUCUGCAAUUUAUUUAUGCACCUAAUAACUUCAUACAGGGUGAUAUAAUCUCUAAGAAUUAUGGCCUCAUUAAGGCAAAUGUUUAUGUUUCUGUUUUUUUUAGGUGUGUAGGAACCCUGGAAAUGGCAGGGGGGUUUUCUCUGAGCUGUGUCCCAUUUCAGGAGCUGCAUCCUUCAGAGGGUGUAUUGCAUGACAUUGGUUUCAAUCAGUCAAACUCUACUUUCACUGUGCUUUAUAAGACAGAAGAAUAAGUGACUGACAAAAAGGUAGGAUGUUAUAUAGAGGACACAUUUGUCAAAUAUGGCCAACAAGUAUGUCCUCUCCCCAGCUAAUGAAGGCUUCAUCCAGUGUACCCAUCAUGGCCUGAUAUACAGUGCAUCCAGAAAGUAUUCAGAGCCCCUUCAACUUUUAUGAUUUUGUUAUGUUGCAGUCUAAUGCUACAGUCAAAAAAUGAACUUUUAUUACCAUCAGUCUACACUCAGUACCCCAUCAUAAGAAAGUAAAAUACAGAAUUUUAGACAUUUUGUGAAUGUAUAGAAAAUGAGUGAAAUGUCACACUGAAGUAUUUAAACUCUGCAAAAACACUUGAAAUUUAGCAGUCAGUGCAGACUAAGAAGGCUGGGCUCUUCAAAGUAUGCUGUCCCUGAAUUGAGACACAGCUAUAGAGUUCUUGUUGCCCUGUAUAAUCUACUGACCUCACUUUGAUAUUUAUUAGUUCAACUCAAGAUUGUUUAUGACGAGGUUCUAUGAAGCAGAUGUUGCAGGCGUCUUAGAAGAAAUGAGCACAAAAAACAAUCUUUGAACCUUCAUUUUAUCUGAGACGAGUUCAAAAUCCUUCAGACAUUUUUAAAACCUAACAAACUGGUCGUGUAGAUUUUUAAGAGGUCACAUACAACAAUAACUGGUCACCUUUAUUAA